AUGGGCCGAUUCACUCAUGGAAAGAUUCACUCAUGGGAAGAUUCAACCAUGGGAAUAUUCGCUCAUGGGAAGUUUCGCUCAUGGGAAGAUUCGCUCAUGGGAAGAUUCGCUCAUGGAAAGCUUCGCUGCCUCUCCCAUUGCAAGCAGAGAUGUCUCAGACAAUUCUCUCACGGGCUCUCUUCCUCUCUCGGCAGGCGCCCUCAGCUCAGAAUCACUCAAACCUCAUCCUCCGCCCCUCUUUCUCUUCCCACCCCAUCCCCUCCCAUUGCAAGCAGGGAUGUCUCGGACAAUUCUCUCACGGGCUCCCUGCCGCUCUCUGCCAGCGCUCUCAGCGGCCUUCAGAUGCUGUACGUGCAUGCAGUCACUUGCCCCCUGUCCGUCUCUGCCAGCUCCCUCAGCGGCCUUCAUAUGCUGUGCGUGCAUCACUUGCCCCCUGUCCGUCUCUGCCAGCGCUCUCAGCGGCCUUCAGAUGUUGUACGUGCAUGUAGUCACUUGCCCCCUGUCCGUCUCUGCCAAUCCCUCAGCGGCCUUCAUAUGCUGUACGUGCAUCACUUGCCCCCUGUCCGUCUCUGCCAGCGCUCUCAGCGGCCUUCAGAUGCUGUACGUGCAUGCAGUCACUUGCCCCCUGUCCGUCUCUGCCAGCUCCCUCAGCGGCCUUCAGAUGCUGUACGUGCAUGCAGUCACUUGCCCCCUGUCCGUCUCUGCCAGCUCCCUCAGCGGCCUUCAGAUGCUGUACGUGCAUGCAGUCACUUGCCCCCUGUCCGUCUCUGCCAGCUCCCUCAGCGGCCUUCAUAUGCUGUACGUGCAUCACUUGCCCCCUGUCCAUCUCUGCCGGCUCCCUCAGCGGCCUUCAUAUGCUGUACGUGCAUCACUUGCCCCCUGUCCGUCUCUGCCGGCUCCCUCAGCGGCCUUCAUAUGCUGUACGUGCAUCACUUGCCCCCUGUCCGUCUCUGCCAGCUCCCUCAGCGGCCUUCAUAUUCUGUACGUGCAUCACUUGCCCCCUGUCCGUCUCUGCCAGCUCCCUCAGCGGCCUACAGAUGGAAUGCUGUGCGUUUGGCUAGGGAGCUGGGGAGAAACUAUUUCUCAGGCUCUCUGCCGACCUCCCUGGGACAGCUCACUGCCCUCAUCAGCCUCCAUCUGCACUCUCACCAGCCUGCAAGAAAUGUACACCCCCCCUCGCCUCUCUCCCCUCUGUGCGUGCAGGGAGCUGGGGAGGAACUAUUUCACGGGCUCUCUGCCGACCUCCCUGGGACAGCUCACUGCCCUCAUCAGCCUGUGCUUCAAAACCCACUGCUCUCAUCAGCUCAGCCUUAUCCUCCCCCCACCCUACACCCACCCUCAGUAUCCUCCCCCCACCCUAAACCUCCUACCUUCCCUUUCCUCCUCUCCUCCUACCAUCAGAGGGGCCUGCAAGGCAACGAUCUAGGAGGCCCCAUACCCUCUCAGCUGGGGGCCCUUAUCAGCCUCAACACGCUUCUAACAACCACUUGCGCAGCGCUUUUGAGUCGACUCAAAAGUCAUCAGCGAUGUGUCUGGUCCAACAACCACUUGCGCGGCGCUCUUCCCCCUCCCCCUCAAAACUCAUUCCGCUCCGUCCUCCUCGUUCCCCCACCAUCUCACCCCUCCUCCUCUCUCUUCCCCCUCUUUCUCCCUUCCCUUCUCUCCCCCCCUUCCCCCCAUUUCUAG